AUUUUCCAAAAUGGCGGCGAAGUUUGCCCGUUUUCAUGAGAAGCGUUCUUAUGAAACGUCUGCAGAUCAGGAUAUGUUUGAUCGCGAGGAUGACGAGGAGUUAUUGGAGGUCGAGAAAGCAACUUUGGACGUUCCCAUUUCAGAGGACAAUGUUGGUUAUCAACUUAUUCUCAAGAUGGGAUGGAAGUCUGGAUCUGGAUUAGGAAGAAAGUUGCAAGGAAGAACAGACCCAAUACCAAUUGUAUUGAAGGAGGACUUUACAGGCAUUGGAAAAAUGAAAGAAGAGAUGGCUCAUGCUGAAGAGAGUACUAGCAAAAGGAAAACCUUAGAGAUUGAAAAGGAAGAAACAGAGGAAUUAAAGCAGAAAUAUCUGGUAGGGAUGAA